AAUAAAAUUCUUGAAAAUUUUUAUCUUUAAUAUUUUCUUUUAACGCUACAGAUUUUCCAUCUCUCUGAUUAAGUUCCUCUGUCUCUUUUUCGUAGUCUUGAAAAUGGUAUAGAGAGAAAAUAUUACUCUUCAGCAGUACCAGCCCGGAAGCUCACAUCUUCUCCAGCAGUGAUUAAAGGAAAGUAUUUUUAGCUUGGAAGGCUGAUUUUCUUAAGAAGGUUUAGUGUUUUCGGGGAAAAUGGAAGAAAAUGUGCCGGACAGAAUAAAAUCUGAGAGCCCUGAUAUCAGACGUUUAAAUCAAAGCUCAAAGUCUUCUGUGUUAAUGGAUGGUGGUGGUUCAGCCGAAAAUAGCAAAGAAUAUGGGGUUAGCGUUUCUACAAAUGUGAAUGAUAAUUUAUGUGGCGGUAAUUUGGGUGGAGUUGUUACAGUUGUUAAAACCAAGGUUGUUGAGACUGAAGUCGAAGUUAAAAAUAAAGGUGAUGGUGAAAGUGCGGAAGAAACAGCCUCUUCGGGGGAUGCUAAAAUUAAAUUGGUUGAUGAUGGUAUUGGCAGUGGUGACGAAGAUGGCGUUUCACUUCUUGCUGAUAUCAGUACUGAAAUAGGGAAAAUCAAUGCAAAUGAAAUUAGGGAUUUUGGUGAGAGGGAGAAAAAUAUGCAAAAUCCAGAUGAGGUGAAUGGCAGCAACGAUGAGGAGGAAGAGAAUUUCAGUGAUGGAGAGUACAAGUUCUGUGUGGGUGAUUUCGUUUGGGGUAAGAUUAAGAGUCAUCCAUGGUGGCCAGGGCAAGUUUAUGAUUCGUCCUAUGCUUCAGAUUAUGCAUUGAACUUAGAAAAAAGGGAUAGGCUUCUUGUGGCAUACUUCGAUGGGACUUUUGCAUGGUGUCAUCCAUACCAGUUGAAGUCCUUUGUGGAGAAUUUUGAAGAGAUGUCAAAGCAGAGCACCGCAAAGAACUUUAUCAAUGCUGCUCAGAAAGCGGUGGAUGAGAUUGGUAGACGUAUGGAAUUGAAGAUGACUUGUUCUUGUGUACCAAAAGAGAGUUUGGUUGGACUUGAAAGACCAUUGACCACAAAUAGUGGGAUUAAGCAAGGUGUUCUUGUGCCUGAAUGUGGAAUUUCAAAGCUUUGCACCUAUCAUUUUGGACCAUCUGAAUGCCUUACCGAAUUGAAACAUGUUGCACAAAUUGUUUCUAUGACUAAUAUGCUUGAGCUUACUGAGUUAAAGUGCUGGCUGUCAGCUUUUUAUCGUGCAAAAGGGGGGUAUCAAUUGGCUUCAUACCAUGAACCGCAGCCAAUUCCAGGACUCGAAGACAAUGACCAAAAUGGAGUAUUAGAUGAAAUUCAUGUCAAGAACAUGACAAGAGUCCCUAUCCAAGGGCCCAUGGAGGAAGAAACCAAUAUUCCCUUGCUGCAGAAGUCCCUUGAGGCCCCGGGGAAUGGGCAAUGCCAGAGAAGAAAACAGAAAAGCAUUUCUGAAAUUAUGGAAGUAGAUGUGGAUAAUGGAGCAAAAAAUGUGGGGGAUGAUUCAGUAAAUCCGGUAACAUCAUCUGGAAGAAGGAAGAGGAAAGGCAAUGAUGAAGCUACUGGUGGGAGUAAUUCUAGUUCUAAACCAAAGAGGAGGAAUGUGGCCAAGAUUUUAGAAACCACUCUAGUUACUAAGGGUGAAGUCCACAGUGAUAGAGGGAAUGGUGUCAGGACCAAGGAAGAAACAAAAAAGGUUAUUUUAUCAAGGGAGAAGCAGAAGAGUAAAGGAUCAACAAUUGAAAAUGAUGGUGGUGGGAGCAAAGAAGAAAGUAAUGCUAGUCCUGUGUCUAGAGAAAAGAAGAUGAUUCAAAGAGAUGAUAGCAAGUCCAAAGACCACAAUGAGAUGGGCUUCUUGUCAAGGGAAAGGAAGAAGAGCAAGUACCUGUCACCUCCUUACACAAAUAUAAAUAGGAGGCAAAGCAAAAAAGACAUGAUAGCUGAAUAUUUAAAAAUUUCUACUGAAGCUCAGGUUGCGCAGCAGAUGACAAAGGCUUCUCGCAAUGUUAUUGAGUUGGCCUCCCCUCCAAUUAUUUCAUGUAGUGAUCAGGUGGUACAGAAGAAAGACUCUAAACAUGAUGGUGUAGGAUGUGAGAUGUCUCAUGUCUCAUGUCCUGAAACACUAAAACUUGACCAGAACACAAACAUAGAUGCAAAGAUAGUUAAGGUAUCCACAAAAAAAGUCAUAUCUGGAAUCCGUUCCAUUGCAGUUGAUCUGAAUUCUUUGAAGAAUCAUUCUGUUGAUGUGGUCAGGGAAUUUCUUUCCAUAUUUAGAAGCUCAUUCUUUCAUGAUGGAUCCAACUACCAAAUUUACAACAAAAGUCAGCCUGUAAGACAGAGAAAGACACUAGAAUAUGGACCUGUUUCUUCAGCAAACCAUCAAACUCAAACUGAUCAAAAGUUCUCAGAACGGACAACUAGGCGAAAAAAGUUAAAGAAGAAUGAGGAAGAAAAAUUGGACAUGGUGAAACUCAACCAUGCUGCAACGGCACCUGAAGCAAUGACAAGAGAAGAGGAAAUUGAUGGUAAUGCAAAAUUGUCUAAAGCCAAUCAAGCUGCAAGGGUAGAAAAUAAGAAGGGGGACAAUAAAGAAAAUGAUGGGGAAGCUGUGCAAAGUAAAAAUGCGAAUGAGAAGAAAUCAGAUGGGAAAGCCUUACCUGCAUCUCUCUCUCUGACAUUUGGCCCAGGAUCUAAAUUGCCUUCCAAAGACGAACUUAUCAAAAUAUAUAGCAAGUUUGGGUCUCUGAAUGAAGAAGAAACAGAAAUGUUCUAUAACAAUUUUAAAGCCCAGGUUGUUUUUUUAAGAAGCUGCGAUGCAGAAAAAGCCUUCAAAAGUUCUGAGGUUAGCCGGCCUUUUGGAGACUCAAGUGUCAAAUUCAGGCUUCAGCAUUCCCCAUCUCGUUCCAAGGGCCAAAAACGUAAGGAGAUGUCAAACACUAAAUCUCUUUCAGGUAAGGGCAGCAAGACACCAGAAAAGAAUUCUGCUUUGAAAUCAAUUGUUGAUGAGGCCUCACCAUUUAACUACAUAAGGCAGAAACUGGAGACAAUCAUCUCAGUGUUGGAGAACUCUGCAGGAAAAAUGUCCCCCGAGUUGAAAUCCAAAUUAGAGGGUGAGGUAAAUGGCCUCUUGGAAAAGGUAAUACCGGUUAGUUCUUCUUUGUCUUAGAUUCGGCCAUGAAAGCAUGAUAUCUAAAAUUUUUUUAUUUGCAUAAUCUACCAUUUACUAUACAUAAAUGUUGAUGCAUGUGUAGAUGUAGAGAGAGAUAUAUUUCUAUUGUAUGGCUGCAGGAGUAAAGUUCAUUUUACACAUCUGUGUAGAAGGUAAUAUGAUAGAGAUUUGCUUAAGUUAUAGUUGUUUACCGUCACAGUGGGUCAACCAUAUAGAGUUAAAAUUUAGUUUAUCUGUCUUUGUAAAUCAGCGAUGUUCAGUAUAUCAUAACGAUGCAAAUUUGGUUACUUUUAUCAGAUUCAAAUAUUUCUUUUC